AUGAAUGUGGAGCGUUCUGGUCCUUCGGCAUCAUCAAAGACGCCCAAAUCUGAUGGGAAUUCCGAUCAUAGCGGAUCAUCACGUGGACUUUAUGCUAACAAUCACGAAAUAUCAAAGGACGCUUCGCUUUCGUUUCCAAUAAAGCGGAGCACUGCAGCGCUGCAAGAACCACCAUCGGUAUUUGAGAAAUCCCCAGUUUUGGAACGCUCAUCGAAAAGACCGCUUGCAAAACAGACUACACCCAGUCCGAAGCGACCUCGUAAAAACUCCGGACAUUUGAAAGACGCUAAGACAGAAAAGGUUGGGGAUGCUGUCAACAUAAAGAAGGAUAGGUCAGACGACGAAAGAGAUGAUGCUGUGACUAACGUCCAAAAUUCUCCAAAGGACCAACGUCGUUCUCGCAAAAAGAAAAGAAGGGAUAAGGAGCGUAAAAGAAGCAGUAAGAAACAUUUGGAUAAAAAGUCUAAUGAGGAGGAAGAUGAAGAAAAGGGGGAGAAGGUGAUAGUUCGAAGGGAUCGUACAAGAAAGAUCACGAAAUCUCCUAUAUCGGAGACUCUGGUGGCUGCUUACAGCUCCGAUGGAGGCGAUGAGUUGCAUCAACCCAAACGUACUUCUCCGGCCACUCUUCCCCGCGCCCACGCUGCAUCCUCGCCCGUUGUGCACAGUGAGCGCAAAAAAACCUUAACUUCUGCCUCCCCCCCAUGCACUACUGUGCCUGCCCCCGUCACUAAGGUGACAAAAGGCACGGCGAAGUCAACUUGGGACUCUAGUGACAGUGACUUUGAGGAGACGAUUGCGAAGCCAUUAACUUCACCUGCCGUUCAAAAAUCCACCAAAACUCCUGAAAGUAGUAGUGGGGUGGAGAAGACACAAAAGAAUCGUAGUGUCUCCCGCAAGCGUUCUCAUUCACCGCAUCUUCGUCUUCCUGUUCGUCACGUCGAAGAAGUUAUUCCUCUCGAUCUUAUUCUUCUCGACGGAGGUCCUAUUCCACUUCAUCUUCAGUCAGCAGCAGUAGUCGUAGUUCCUCCAGAUCCUACUCUCGUCGUAGGCGCAGUCGACGCCAUGGACGUAGGCGGCAUGGUCGUCGUCACCACCGCCGGUCGUCUACUCGUUCUUCCUACUCACGAAGCUCUUACUCCCGUUCAUCGAGUAGAGGACACGGAAGUAGGCGACGGCACAGAGCGCUCUCGCACGCCAAACUCACGUGACGCUUCACGAACACCGCCUCCUCCGGUGUGUCGUCGGACUGUGAAUCAGCGCAACCCCAGCGCCGUUGUUACUGCAGCCGGUGUGGUUAGUCCUACAGAAGCUCGUCUAUCCCGACCAUUGGGAAAUAAGGGCAGUUUCAUUCGUGGUCACAAACCCUCCGAAGCGGUUGCAGCGGCGGCUAGUGCAGCUGUUCGAAAGAUAACUGGACGGACAGAACCUAGUCCACCAUCUACGCCACCAGCGUUACCGAAACUGGAGGAAUCAGAAGCCAAGGAGGAGAGUAAUGCGGAGGAGGUGGAGCCUACAAAAGAACUUGAUUCAAAUUAUAUAGGUCCGCAGGUACCUCCGGAUAUGGCUAAAAAGCUGGGUUUGAGUGUGGACUCUCCACCACCGUCGAAGUCGACCAACUCUACCACACCAUCUGGCAACAAUGCUGGCAGUAAUGGUAAUAACAACUGGAAGGCUCAUGUCGGAGCUAAGAGGAAAUCUGAGAGGGUAGUUAGUGAGGGCCCGAAGAGGCAGGAGGAGAACAAGUCAGAUUUUAUGACUCCUCCUGAAAAAGAUGACCAAUAUAAAGCUCUGCAAGAACAAGCCAAGGAACAUGUACGUCAACAAAUGCAGCUCCAAGCGAACCAGCAGCAGCAACUUGCUGCCGCGGCAGCUGCCGUUGCCUCUGCGGCUGCCGUCCAACCAGCAACUACGGGGUCGGUUGCCAUGCUGCCCACUGCGGUCGGCCAUUUCUCUGUGGUCGAGCAGUUGAGGCAGAGGCAGCAAAUCUACCUCCUAUCAGGAGCUAUGGACCAAGCAUUAGCCUUAGAGAAUAUCAUUCGGCAGCAUCAGCAAGUUGAGGCCGCCACUGCCUUGCAGCAGCAUCAGGCUUUGCAAAUGCUCGCCUUUCAACAACAGCAACAGAGCGCAAUCAUAGCAGCACAGCAGCAGCAAGUUCAGCAGCAUCAGGUUCAAUCAGCUCAACAGGCAGCUUUGCUUCUCGCUGCGCAACAGCAUCAAGCUGCUGCUGCUGCUGCGGCUUCCCAUUCUGACAGCACCGGUGCUGCUGCCGCAGCUGCCAUGAUCGCGGCUCAGCAACAGCAACAACAACAAGCCAUUAUUCAGACUAUUCUUCAGCAAAGGCAACAACAGUGCUACUUCUCCCCUUCUCCCUGCCUCCACAUCGGUCUGGUAAAACCGUUUGCACUUCUCCAUUUCCCUGCGGCAAAUGCCAUAUUCUUCUCACCCGCUAACUACCGCAAGAUAUUAAUAUUUGUUUACCAGGGCAAUGGCGAUAUACCCGUAAUUGCAAUCCUCUUCCUCACUACUAUUUUCUCACAUAUUCCUUCUGGAGUGCCUAAGUGUUCCUUUUCUCCUUUCUCCUCUCCCUUGACGCAAAUGAAGGCGCUGGUUGCUGCGGCCCAACAGCAGCAGCAACAACAGAUUCAAAUGCUCCUGCAAAUGAAGGUGCAACAGCAGGCAGCAGCUUAUGCCAAUGCGGUAGCAGCGUCCUCUGCCGCACCUACUGUAGCGCAAUCCAGUGCUGGCGCAGCAGCUGCUGCAGCACCUCCUGUCAGUGUUCCCACGACAACGACGUCAGCCGCGGCAGUGUCCAGUACAAACACGAACGGCGCGCUCUCAGGAUCUGAGCCUUCCGCUGGCUCGGAUGCCGCUAAUCCACAAUCUCCCACCAUGCUUGCUGCUAUGGCCGCGGCACAGAGGAAUCAGGCCUUUCAACAAGAGCAGCUGCAGAAACAGCUCAGUGCGGCAGCUAUGGUUUCUGCAAGUGCUACCGGAAUGGCUUUGACACAGCAACAGCAGCAGCGCCAGCAGCUGCUUGCACUCCAGGCGGCAGCUGUGGCUGCACAGCAACAGCAGCAGCAGCAACAACAACAACAGCAGUCUGCGACAGCUCCACAACCGGCCACGUCGCCCACGAGUCUCUCAUCCGCAGUGCAACAGCAACUCGCUGCUGCCGCGCUUUACCAACAACAACAAAUGCAGAGUCAGCAACAGCAACAGCAACACGCUGUCGCCUUGUUGUUUGCUGCUCAACAGUCCCGAAUGCUUCGGCCCUCUUAG